ACCUCGAUCUGUACUGAACUUUGUACGCUGUCUUCUUGAAUACAAGUGAACAUGGCUUCCCUGAGUUUUCUCCGACGGAAUGGUGGUUUUGGACUACAGAGGGGAAUUAUUUCUGCUGGAGUCACUGCUCUGAGAGCAAAGCUUAGUACAGAAGCACCAGCCAUCAAGUUGGAGGCAUCAACAUUCAAUUCUGGCCUUUCAUUUGAACUUUCUGAAGAGUUACAGCAACUUCAAGAAAUGGCAAGGAAGUUCUCCCGUGAAGAAAUUGUACCAGUUGCUGCCCAUCAUGAUCAGACUGGUGAGUAUCCUUGGGAGAUUAUCAAGAAAGCUCAUGCUUUGGGACUCAUAAAUGGUCAUAUUCCAGAGGAGUAUGGGGGUCCUGCACUUGGUGUUCUUGAUGGUUGCGUAGUUACAGAGGAGCUCUCAUAUGGAUGUACUGGAAUUCAAACUGCUAUUGAAGCAAACUCUUUGGCAGAAAUGCCUGUCAUCCUAGCUGGAAAUAAAGAACAAAAAGCAAAAUACCUUGGUCGUAUGAUGGAAGAACCUCUGAUGGCUGCAUAUUGCGUGUCUGAGCCUGGUGCAGGAUCUGACGUGGCCGCAAUUGGGACCAAAGCCGUUAAGAAAGGAGAUGAAUAUGUAAUUAAUGGUCAGAAGAUGUGGAUUACCAAUGGAGGUGUUGCCAAUUGGUAUUUUGUUCUGGCACGAACUGACCCAAAUGCUGGAGCUGGUAAAGCAUUCACAGGCUUUAUUGUGGAAAGGGACACUCCUGGUGUAACUGUAGGAAGGAAGGAAUGGAACAUGGGUCAGAAAGCCUCUGAUACUCGUGGAAUCACAUUUGAAGAUGUUGUUGUUCCUAAGGAGAACGUUCUUGGUGGAGAAGGUAUUGGUUUCAAGAUUGCCAUGGGAGCAUUUGAUAAGACACGCCCUCCGGUCGCUUCUAGCGCUGUUGGUCUUGCACAGCGAGCCAUGGAAGAGGCUCUAAAAUACUCACUGGAACGGAAAACUAUGGGCAGACCCAUCGCUCAGCAUCAAGCUGUGAGUUUCAUGUUAGCUGACAUGGCCAUUGGUAUCGAAACAGCCCGACUGGCAACGCGGCGCGCAGCUUGGGAAGUAGACCAGGGCCGCCGUAACACUUACUACGCCUCCGUCGCUAAGUGUUUAGCAGGAGAUGUUGCCAACAAAUGUGCUGCAGAUGCCGUUCAGAUUUUUGGUGGCGCUGGAUUCAACACCGAGUACCCUGUUGAAAAGCUGAUGAGAGAUGCUAAAAUCUUUCAAAUUUAUGAAGGUACAGCGCAGAUUCAAAGAUUGAUCAUUGGAAGAGAACUCAUUGAAAAGGCUAAGAUGAAUGCUCUAUAGAAAGGAUUUUCUUUCUCCGAUAACCGCCACAAUUAUCAGAUAAAGUUAACGAGACGGACUUUGGUUAAUCGUCGUUUAAACUGUUUUUUCCCCCUUCUCUAAGUCGUAAAUUUUAAAUUAAUGAUAUAUUGCUUUCCUGUUUUGAGACUUCUUUUAAAACCACUAGUCAUCAAGAGGAGUGGAUUAGUUUAAAACUACAUGUAAGUAGUGUAUUUACAAUAGUUUGUCUUAAACUUUCGUUACAACUGAGAAGAAAACACGGUAACAGAGUUAAACUUUUUGUCUCAAUUAAGAUUUUUCUUUUUAAGCCUAACUUUCCUUGUGGUAUUUCUACUGUUAUUUAGGGCUUCCCGGUGAUUUAUUCAGGGAUAUCUUUUUGAUCGCUGAAAACGAGCUACUUUAAUUCUCAAACACCCGUGUUAAGUACUAUUGAAAGAAACGCGCGAUGUAACCUCUUAUUAAUGAAAUUAAUUUUCCAAGGGAUGACCACUGUAAAUAUUAACUUAAGACUCUUUGCAAGGAACAAUCUUCAUUCGAGAGGUUGUUUACGUUUCUCAUAGGUGUAGACCAGUUAGGUGCUGUGAGGUUCUCUUUGAGUUCAGUCUGUAAGCUUGGGUCUAAAUAAACUAAAAAACUAUUAGUUAUAAUG